GCAAAGUCGAAAUUCGAAAAGAUCGCCGAUGCAUGCCCGAGCGCGGCUGGCGGCGGCCUACAGCUUCCCGUGGACGGUCUACGGCGUGAGCUGGAGCAACAGCCGAAGCGAGAAGGUCCUCGCAGUCAGCAGCAUCACGGAGGAGUACGCCAACCACCUCCAGAUCCUCGAGCUCAACGAAGCCAGCCCCGACGGCGCCGACAUGGUGGACGUCGAGACAUCCAAGACGUCCCGGUAUACGCUCAGCGUCAAGGCUGGCAUCGAGCACCCGUACCCGCCGACGCGCGUCAUGUGGUCGCCGGCGGCGAUGCCCGAGACGCGGCUCGCGACAACGGCCGACUACCUGCGCAUUUGGCACCCGCAAGAGAACGGCCUGAGCUUGAGCGCGAUCUUGAGCAACAACCGGACUGGCGACUCGUGCGCGCCGCUCACAUCCUGCGACUGGAGCGAAAUGGACCCCAACAUCCUCGGCACGUCCUCGAUCGACACGACGUGUACCAUCUGGGACCUCAACAACACCAAGCAGGCCAAGAAGCAGAUCAUCGCCCACGACGCUGAGGUCUUCGACAUGGCGUUCUCGCCUCUCCACGGUGGCAGCAAUAUCUUUGGGUCCGUCGGCGCCGACGGCUCGCUCCGUGUGUUUGAUAUUCGGUGCUUGGAGUCGUGCACGAUCGCGUACGAGACGCCGGACCUCAGCGCGCUCUUGCGGCUCGCGUGGAACAAGCACGACGCCAACUUUGUCGCCGUGAUGCUCGUCGACAGCCCAACCGUCCUCGUACUCGAUCUGCGCAUGUCGGCCUCGCCGUAUGCGCAGCUCACCAACACAAAAGAGGCCCACAACACGAACACCGGUCGACCGCCAAGCGUCAACGCCAUGGCGUGGUCCCCGACUUCGGCCCACCACAUUUGUACAGCAGGCGAAGACCACGAAGCAAUCAUGUGGGACACGCGCGUGCACGUGCCCGUCUUGCAAUACUCUGGCGGGUCGUACAUCAACGCGAUCGGCUGGUCCCGAACAGCCCCCGAGUUUCUCGCCAUGAGCAUCGACAAGACACUCCACGUCGUCACCAUCUAGUACAACACUCCACGUCGUCCCGAUUCUAGAGCGUUUUCAGGCAAAAUCUGGUUGUGAAUUGCAUUCACAAACCAGUCGAAUUCACUGAAUCCGGCUCUACCAGAUUUUGACCAGGUCGCUCCAGGAAUCAAACCAGCAAUCGAGCGC